UUAAAAGCAGCAUUAGUUUAAAAUAACAUUAGUUUAAAAAGUAAAAACUAACAAAAAAAAACGUCGCUUCACAUAAAACGAUCGAAAGUGCUAAAAAAUGAAAAGCAACUCACUCAUCCUAGCUAUAUUUAUUACAACUCUUUGCCUGCAAUACAGCCCUGCAGCGUCUGCUGAGGCUGCGGCGACAACCGACGGCGAUACCGAUUACGCAAGAGAUGACUACUACUACGAAGAUGAUGCGGACGCGGAUGAAAAUGACGACGGCGGCGGCGAGGAAGGCGACGACUACGAAGACGAGGUGUCAAACGGGGAGGCUGCAGAUAUGAAACCAGCAGAGCUGAGAGCACAACCGCCCUACUUUGUAGAACCGGAAGUGGAAAUCUACACACAACCCGCCCAAAGCUUGCUGAUCGAUUGUGCGGUACAGAAUAUACAAGCUAACAAUGUGAUUAUGUGGUACAAAGAUAAAAUUGUAAUCGCGACAGGACAAUUCGUUAUGUACCCCAAUGUGGAUGUGCUCAAGAAUAACUCGCUGAUCAUUAAGAAUGUCACAGUUAAGGAUGCUGGCGAUUACUAUUGUGAAGUAUUGCCCGAAAGGGUGCGCAUGCAUGCGCUGUUGGAGGUCGACGAAAGUUUGAUGAUAUUCUGCGAUGGACAAGAAGUGACUAACCGCAGCUUGGUAUUUCGUCAAGGCGAGCCACAUCAUUGCGAAUGCAAGUACUAUUCACUGGAAAAUGUGCAAAUCAAGUGGUUUAUAGAUGGCAAGCGCGCCGAAACCGUGGUGGAGCGCGUCUUGGGCGAACAACUCUACAUUGACAAUGUGGACACCAUACAUGGCGGCAUCUAUCAGUGUUUAGCCGAUGAUCGUUCGCAAGAGCCACCGCAUGCCAUGAUCAUUGUUGAGGUUGUUUAUGCGCCCAAAGUUUCCACUUAUCGGCAUUAUGUCAAUGCGGAGCAAGGUGGCGAUGCUGAAUUGUAUUGUGAUUAUGCUGCAAAUCCAGCUGCUGAAGCGAAGUGGCUGCGAAAUGAUAAAACGCUGGAGAAGUCAAGAAAAUACGCCUUCAAUCAGGUGACGCAUAAAGGACGCAAUCGCUCGAUCUUAACGGUGAUGAAUGUGCGCGCCAACGAUCUGGGCGAGUAUACGUGUCGAGUGCAGAACACAAUUGGAUACGAUGAGACAAAAGUGCAUAUCCUUUAUGAACCAGAGCAUCCACAGCUAGAGGAUAUGGAGAUCAAUGGUAGAACAGCAGUGAUACACUGGUUAGUGCGUAGCAUACAACCGCUUUCUGAGGCGAUAUUGGAUUACAAGCUAGCGGGUUCAUACACAUGGAGCAAGGUAUCUGUGGUGCAUACACACCGUCAUGCGGAUAGUAGCAUUUGGAAGGUGACUCAUGAAAUGGAACUCACACCGGGAAGCUGGCACGUGCGUAUGAGAGCGAAAAAUACAAUUGGUUGGUCGGCAUUUUCCGCACAACAUGAUUUCGUAAUCAAAGAUGAUGAUGAGAAUUAUGGUGAUAUUGUUGAUGCAGAUGAUUUGGAUACCGCCGAUGCGCCGGGUAAUAUGAUAGCGGUGGCAAGUUUUGGUGGCAGCUCAAAGAGUACGAACAGCAGUGGUGUAGUGCGCAGUAUUUCACACACAAUGAUUGCCGUCAGUGGCGCUUGCAUGCUUUUUAUGUUCCAAGUUGGGUGUUAGACUAUACAAAAAUUUUGUAAAUAUUUAUGUUUAUGCGCAUAAAAAAGUAUUUUAAUUUACGCUAUAUAAAAUAUUUAUUAAUUCAACUACAUAUGUGAAUGUUGUAAAAAGAUCCUAUAUUUAUAUGUAUAUAAGCGAUACAAUGGUGCCAAACAUAGAACUAUUGAAAGAAAUGUAUUUGUAUAACGAGUCAGAAACAUAUAUUUUAAAUAGGCCAUAGUAAAAUAGAGUUUAUUCAAAAAAAAAAUACGUGUACACUAGACCGUACCACACCUUACAAGCAAACAACACAAAAAGGUCGCCAUACAUCCCUGAGUGUAAAGUAUUUUUGAAAGGCAAUUGCGAAAUUUUUGUCGGCGAACGAAGAUGUCGCCUUUUUACAUUUUUCGAUACCUAAAAUUUUUCAAUAUUGAUAAGUCACUCAGGUCUAGUGGAUAGGCACUAGGACGGAGUACUUUAGGUCAAUGAACUUUGGUACAAAAAAAAUUUUUCUUUGACGAAAAAUGUAAAAAGAGGACCCCACCGUUCCGCCAAAAAAAAAAUGAUUUCUGUUUGUAAUUGACUUGCAAAAAUACUUUUUAGACUCAAAUGUGUACUGCGAACUUUUUUGGUAGGGUGACCCUACUAGGGUCUAAUGUACAUACAUACAUACAUAUUAUGUAUAAGUGACUGUGCCGUAAAAGAGUGCCAAAAUAUGUUAUAACUUAUAAGCAUAUAUAUAUAAAUACAAAUUAAAACAUCGGCUAAGGCCAUUGAAAAUGUCCAUAAUUACGUUUCUUACGGAUGUAUGCAUUAAGCAGGGUUUACAAUGUUAGCUUGUAGUUGAAAGUGCUUUUUUCAAUUUUUUCUAUUUCAUUUGUACAUGAACUUCUAAAAUGAAGACAAUUUUAAGAGAAGCGCUCUACCCUCCCUUAAAGUAUUUUUUAGGAGAGUUGGCAUCAAAACUUCAAAGUGUUAAGAAGAUUCACGAAAAAAACAUAUCAAACAUAUUCACUACAACAAAAAAUUCUGUGCAAUUACAAAUUGUUAUUAGUGUAAGUAGUUUUAGUUGAAAGUUUAGGGACUUAAACAAAGUUCCUAGUAUCUAUGCAAAAGAAUAAAUGUUUGUGUACAUGUAUUAAUGUAUGUAAUUUCGAAAACAACAUUUUUUAAACUUCCAACUUGUGGCCAGUACAAUAAAUUUUCUUAAUUUUGUUUAAGUACCUACUGAAAUAUUGUAGGCACGAGGGAAGGUCGAAAAGUUCUUAGCCUAAGUACCUUUAAGUGUCAUUAAUGUCUUGAACUGCGUGUCGCUAAUUGCUAAUAUCCUUGGUAGUAUAAAGACCGUAUUUCAUGUCAUUAAAAUCAUUGCGCAUUCAGUAAUUGAGCGUAAACAUCACCAUGUCUGAGUCAUCUACAGAGCAGAGCUGUCAACAAAUUCCUCAAAAAGAAGAACAAAACGCUGACGGAAAUAUUUUGAAGAGAUGUUUACAGUGUAUGGGGAGUCUGGCAGAGACCAAAAGUGCGACAAGUGGUUGUCGAGAAACGGAGAGAAAUAAGUCCUGAAGACCGUGCACACUGCGCGAGUUGCAAGGCGCGCUCUGGACGAGACUGGAUUUGAAGAAAUCAACCACCCACCACACAGUGCAGACCUGGCCCCCAGCGAUUUGAUGAAAAACCUUCGAGGGCGAAAAUUUUCGAGUGAAGGAGGAAUGAAGGUGGCGGCAGUAGACGAGCAUUUUGAAGACAAAGGCGGAGAAUAUUUUUUUACAGGGUUCAAAGCCCUUUAUUAUAAAUGUAAGAAAUGCAUUGAAGUGAAGGGAGAUUAUACUAUAGAAA